UUUCGCUCAGAUUCUCUGUUUUGCACCCGUCCGACAUUACUGAGCAGGAACGGAACAUCCUCCCAAGAACAAACCACUUGAACGAUUGAAGAAGCCUCUUAUCAAAAAGCCAUGCCGCCAGCAAAGGAAAACACCAACCGGACAUUCAUGGCCAACCUCGUCGCUGGUGGUAGCGCGGGUCUGGCCGAGUCAUGCAUCUGCCAUCCGCUCGACACAAUCAAGACGCGCAUGCAACUGCAGCGCAACCGCGGCGCAAGCAUCGGACCGUUCGGAACAGCAAAAAAGAUCAUCCAAAUUGAGGGCGUCAUGGCCUUGUAUAAAGGACUGACGGCGGUCGUGUCGGGCAUCGUCCCCAAGAUGGCCAUCCGCUUUUCGUCGUUUGAGGCCUUCAAGUCGGCCAUGGCGUCUGCAGACGGCACCGUCAGCCGCUCGCGCGUCUUCCUCGCCGGCACGCUUGCUGGUGUGACUGAGGCCGUCCUUGUUGUGACGCCGAUGGAAGUGGUUAAGAUUCGCCUGCAGGCGCAACGGCACUCGCUCGCAGACCCGCACGACGCGCCCCGCUACCGUGGCUCCAUCCACGCUGCGGCCAUGAUCAUCAAGGAGGAGGGUCUGUCUGCCCUGUACAAGGGCGUCAUCCCCACCGUCUUGCGACAGGCAACCAACCAGGCCGUCAACUUUACUGCCUACCGCGAAAUUAAGGAGACUUGGCUGCGCUACUCGCCCGAAAAGAAGGAGCUCGAGUCCUGGCAGCACUUGCUCGUCGGCGGUGUCAGCGGCGCCAUGGGUCCGCUCGCCAACUCGCCCAUCGACGUCAUCAAGACCCGCCUGCAAAAGCAGCGCACCAUUCCCGGCGAGACCCCCAAGUACAACGGCGUGUCGGGCACCAUCCAAACCAUGUUGAAAGAGGAAGGCAUCCGCUCCUUCUACAAGGGACUGACGCCCCGUCUCAUGCGCAUCGUUCCCGGCCAGGCCAUCACCUUUGCCGUGUACGAGCGCGUUUCCACCUUCCUUGCCGUUAACAACUUGUUGCAAAAGCAGCCAAAGGAGGUCCUUCCAGAGCUCAGCCGACGGGCCAAGGAGCAAGGCGCCACGGCCACGACCGAAGCCGCACCCGCUGCUUCCACCGGUGCUUAAUUUCAACGUGUUGUCCUGCUCUCUUUUUUUUUCUUCUUUGUUCUUCCUUGGAUUUUUUUUUUUUUGCUUCUUUUUUCGUCAACUUUUUUUUUGAAAUUUAUUGCAUCUACACCAGUAGCGCAGAUGUACGGUUUUGUUCCAUUGUUUCAAUCCAAUUCAUUG